UGUGGAUUACUGUUCAGCCCGACUUUGCUAGGUGAGAAUGACACUGUCCUCAAAGAUAUCUUUCCUUAUAGAUACACAAUGGUUCUGGAGACAUUCGCAAACUUAGCUCUCGUCUACAACAUUUUCCUCCUCGGUCUUGGUAUGGACUUGAAGAUGAUAAAAAUCAAGCAACGCAAGCCAAUAGUCAUAGCCAUCGUUGGCCUCGUUGUGGCUUUAUUGACCGGUUCUGGCUUGUAUUACCUUCCCGGUAACGGAGACGCCGACAAGAUUUUUUCAGGUUGUCUUUACUGGUCGGUUGCGUUGAGUUGUACGAAUUUCCCUGACCUUGCGAGGAUUCUUGCCGAUCUCAAGCUCUUGCGUUCUGAUAUGGGACGCACGGCCAUGAGUGCAUCCAUUAUUACGGAUUUGUGUACUUGGGUUCUCCUUCUUCUCGGACUCGUAAUGUUUAACAAACAAGGUGUAUCGAACGAUAUGAUGCUAUUCGCGUUAGUAUCAACCAUCGGUUUUGUCUUUUUCUGCAUCUACGUGAUCCGUCCUGGGGUGGCUUGGGCCUUCGCCAACACGGUCAAAGGAGGCCACGUUGGAGAAAAUCACGUAUGGUUCACUCUCGUAGGAGUCAUUUUCUGUAGCUUAAUCACCGAAGCAUUUGGGGUCACCUCAAUCCCUGGAGCUUUCUUGUUCGGUCUCUCGGUCCCUCAUGACCACAUAAUUCGGGAUAUGAUUGAAGAGAAGCUCCAUGAUUACCUCUCGGGAAUUUUGAUGCCUCUUUUCUACAUCAUCUGUGGUUUAAGACUCAAUCUUGGUUACUUGUCUACUAACACGAGCGCUGGAACGUUGGUGUUUGUGAUUUCUUCGUGCUUUAUGGUGAAGAUUUUGUCUACCGUGAUUUGCUCCCUCUUCUUGCGCAUGCCCUUGCGUGAUGGUUUUGCUGUUGGUGCCCUUAUGAACACCAAAGGAACUAUGGCCUUAGUCAUACUCAAUGCAGGACGUGACAGCAAGGCGUUGGACGUAAUAAUGUACACUCAUAUGACGGUUGCGUUCCUGGUGAUGUCAAUACUGGUGCAGCCACUUUUAACAUUGACUUACACGCCAAAGAAGAAAUAUUCUUUCUAUAAAUACCGAACCGUUCAAAAACUCCAAGGAGAAGUAGAGUUUCGUGUGUUAACCUGUGCUCAUGUCCUCGCUAACGUCUCCGGCCUAACCAGCCUAUUACAGGUUUCUAACCCGACCAAGCGAUCUCCUAUCAACGUCUUUGCAAUUCACCUAGUCGAGCUAACCGGUCGCACUACAGCUUCGUUGCUCAUAAUGAACGACGAGACCAAACCUAAAGCUAACUUUUCGGACCGAGUCAGAGCAGAAUCCGAACAGAUCGCUGAGAUGUUCGAAGACAUAGAAGUGAACAACGACGCCAUGUUGGUUCAGACACUCACCGCGGUCUCACCUUACGCGACGAUGCAUGAGGAUAUUUGUUCGCUGGCCGAGGAUAAACGAGCCAGCCUCAUCUUAUUGCCUUACCAUAAGAAUUUGACAUCUGAUGGUCGGUUAGGUGAAGGAAACGAUGCGCACGAGAAUAUCAACCACAACGUUUUGAGCGACGCACCUUGUUCGGUCGGGAUAUUGGUUGACCGUGGCAUGACGAUUAUUCGGUCUGAAUCUUCUUCGUUCCAUGGCGAGGCCACAGAUAAAGAAAUUGCAAUGCUAUUCAUUGGAGGCCGGGACGAUAGAGAGGCUUUGGCUUAUGCUUGGAGGAUGGUGGGACAAGAAAUGAUCAAGCUAACGGUUGUGAGAUUUGUCCCGAGCAGGGAAGCUUUAUUUGCGGCCGGGGAAGAAGCCGCUGAGUACGUGAAGGAGGCACAAGUGGACGAAGAGUACAUCUACCAGUUUAACUUCAAGACUAUGAAUGAUUCUUCUGUGACUUAUACAGAGAAAGUGGUUAUCGAUGGUCCAGAAACGAUCGCAGCGAUUAGAGAAAUGGAAGAUAACCAUUCUUUCGAUCUUUACAUUGUGGGAAGAGGGUACAAAGUAGAAACGCCUGUGACCGUGGGUUUGACUGAUUGGAAUACUAGUCCGGAUUUAGGGGUUAUAGGCGAUACAUUAGCUUCAUCAAACUUCACAAUGCAAGGUUCGGUUCUUGUGAUUCAACAAUUCUCAGCCGCCUAUAGGCAAACCGCAGGAAACAAUCAAGAACAUGUUGGCUGUGGAGCCAAGGUUGCCAAUGAAGCGAAGCCUUUAAUGAAUUCUCAUGGGGAGGAAGAGGAUGAUGAAAAUGAACAAUAUCAAAUGGGAAUGCGCAAAUAACUCGCUGUCUUCUCCCUGUCUCGGUGCUUGGUAGCGGCUCUUCUUCCGUCGUGAUGGCUAGCUGACUCGUCUGCUGGUGUCCGCAGCUAUCUUUUCGGCUUAUUUACAUUUACUUCGUAAUCGGACCCAUUAGGGUUUUCUGUGGGUUUUAUUUCUUAUUUUAGUUUGUAAUAUAUUAAAAAAAAGCAAAAAUUCGUAAAUAUGAAAAACCUUUUUACAAAAAAAAUAAAAAUUACUUUACAUCUUAAUGGGUCUAAAUUUUGAAUUUGGAUUUACAGAUUCGAAACAAAACCAAAAGUAGCACAUGCUCUGGAAUUUGCCCUGAAGCUUAUCCUUCUUCAUCUGCGAGUUGAGAUUUACACCCGUAGCCCUUUUUCUUACUUCUUGUGUGUGCCUUCGCGGAGUAAUGACAGCCGAUUGCCGACCAUUCUAUAUUAUCCUCGAUUGCACCGCAGAAGAAGAUGGUGAUUCCCCAUGUCUUCGACUGUUGCGGUUACGCCAAGUUUGAUAUAUUGUUGUUUGAAAAGUGUACCUCAGCAGGAACAUUCAAAGAAAUUGGAAAGUCUGAUCGUAUAAAAAGCGGUAAGAUCUGAGAUUUUUUUUUUUUUUUUUUUUGAAACACAGGUAAGAUCUGAGAUAGUUUACACUUUUUGUCAAAUUAUGUUACGUUUUUUGGGUUCCCAAUCUAAAACAAAUUUGAGGUAAGUGGAAUGGCUCUCUUAUAUAUUAUUUUUGUCUCA